UGUUCGUCAUUCUUUGUUGACAUAACUUUUGCUGCGAACAAUGAAUGAAUACUGAAUAAUGUUCAAUUUCCAUUUGCUUAAAUAUCUUGUAAUUGGUAAUUUUGAUUUAUUGAUUCUAAAUUAGUUUCUUUACAACUCUUUCUGGCUCUCAAAUACGACAACUUAUAAAAGACGUUGCGAAGAUGGAAAUGGUAAAUGAGUGUAACAAUGCAAAUUGCAAGUCAAAUUCGGAUGAAUUGGUUAUUGCAAAGGAAGCCGCAAUUCUGUACUACCGAUUUGACAUGUCGCAUAAAAAAGUGCACAAAAUUUGUAAGACUUGUGACGAGGAUGCAGAAACAUUUAUGCAGAAUUCCGUAAAUGCUUUGAAGAAUGAUGAAAAUAUUUUUGCAUUCAAAACUAAGCCUGAAGGAAUGGAGGUAGAUGUCAUCGAAAUUAAAGAUGACGAAGAGGACGAUAACAACCCUGCCGAAAUUCAAAGAUUGGAGACUGAUAAUAAUGAAAUUUUGGAGUUGUCAACGAGCGUAGACAAUUUAAUUGGAGAGGUCAUGACAAAACUGGAUCUUGCAUCUCAAAUAGCUAAAUGCGAAGAAACUACGACAAUGGAAUUCGAAAAUUUAGAGGAGGAGUAUUGCAAUCUGAAAGAACAAGUUUCGCUUGUUGAGGGGCACAUUGCAGAAACAAAAAAGAUUUAUAAUAAAGUGGCCGGAUAUGAACAGCCUUUGCCGGUCAUAGCUGUAGAGCUUGACCUAAGUGUCACGGAAACUCUUCUGGAAUCGAUGUUACAGAAUGUGAAUGACUUUCUAAAUUUUGAUGAUGCCCCUCCAGACUUUCAACCAACUCCUUCUCCAGAAAGUGCAGAAAGUAAUCUUAACGGCUCAUCAGCGGAGAAAGAGAAUAGUCACUCGGACGAUGACGAUAUCGUCGAAGUGGUCCCUGGUGAAGGAUCUCCUCAAAAGUUGACCUGUCCCUUAACUCGUCCACUAAAGGACGUUCCAAGACUGGUACCGCUAAUUGGUGGCAGCGUGUAUGCUCAGAAGCGUACCCUCCUCCAUUACUGGGCCAGAGCUACAAUUGAAGAAAUUCUUGAUGUCGGAGCUGGCAAAUCUGAGUUUCUCGUGAGAUUUGUACGAGGAGAUGGACGACUGAAGCAACUGACUGCUAAACAAAUUGCAUAUGACAUUCCGUGUCCCUUCAUGCUAAUUGUGGGGACUCGAGUCAUUGCUAAAUUUCGUGAAGAUCUGAAAGAGAAACCACACGGACCAGAUGGACAUUACGCUGGAAUCGUUGCUGAACAGCCUACACCACGAAAUAAGUUUAGAUAUUUGAUAUUCUUUGAUGACGGAUGCGCUCAAUAUGUCGGGAUUAACGAUAUUCUGCUAAUACACAAAUAUUCCAAAGAAGUUUGGAGCGAUGUGCACCCUGAUUCGGCAGAAUUUAUCAAAAAUUACCUCAGGAAGUAUCCUGAACGUCCAAUGGUUCGUUUGACGCUGGGCCAAGUUAUCAGUACCGAGUGGAACGGGAAAUGGUGGGUUGCGCGAGUCACUGAACUUGAUUGCUCCUUGGCGAAGAUGCAUUUUGAAAAUGAUGGAAGAUGGGAAUGGAUUUAUCGUGGAUGCACUCGCUUUUCACCACUGUUUGAAAAAUACACGAGACAAAGACAAAGGAAAAUUGCGCGACAAUCUACGAGUGCUUUAACUUAUCACGAAAGUUAUCAACAAAGUAAAGAUGGCGACGAUUGGGUUCCUUCACAUGGAAGAAAGAAGCGAACAGAGCCAACCCCAGGGACUUCAGCGUCUGCAUUAGAAAAGCAACACGGUGAUAUCAAACGUUUGACUCGAUUCGAUUACGGCGAAUUCGAAGGAACAAUUGCCAAAAGAGCAAUACCUUCUGAUGCGCCAUUGACAAAGGAGUACAGUCCUCACGUAUGUGACCAUUCUUGUGUCUACGAGUAUGACGAUUCCAAUCCAGAAUACAAGAAAAUUGGCCCGCUUACGCUGCCAUUACACUUCGGAUUUACAAGAGAAAUUGCAGAAAGUCCUUACCGGUCAAUUUAUUACCGAGGACCUUGUGGACUUCGAUUACAUGAUAUGGAGGAAAUGUAUGACUAUCUCACUCAAACAAAGUGUCAAAUUCAGAUUGAUCAUUUUUGCUUCGAUUUGGCUGAGGACUGCCUUAAUGAAUUUCGUCAUUCGCGCCAGCACAGUUUUCUACCCGAUUUGACGUACGGAAAGGAACCUGUUCCUGUACAACUUGUGAACGCAUUUGACCACGAGUUUCCCCCGUAUGUGGAAUAUUUAAGUCAACGAGUAGCAGGUUCAGGUGUGAAUUUCAACAACGACGAAGAGUUUUUGGUAGGAUGUGACUGUGAAGAUGACUGUCGGGAUGCGACUAAGUGUAGCUGCUGGCAAAUGACACAUUCUGGAAUCUCGUUUUCGAAGUUUAACACCCCCGAAAAUCCAAUUACAGGAUAUGAAUACAGACGAUUAAAGAAUAACGUCUUCAGUGGAAUUUAUGAAUGUAAUCAAAGGUGCAAAUGUGCUAAAACGUGUUGCAACCGAGUGGCACAAAAUGGACUCAAAGUACCACUCCAACUGUUCAAGACAGCGGCAAAAGGCUGGGGAAUCCGACCUAUCUUUGACGUGCCUGAAGGUGCGUUUAUUUGCAUUUAUGCUGGUCAAGUGUUAACCGAGGAUGCCGCUAAUGACGAUGGACAACAAUUUGGGGACGAGUAUCUUGCAUCGUUAGACUACAUUGAACACAUUGAAAAGCUUAAGGAAGACUACGAGUCAGAAGUUACCGACAUUGAAGCUGACGAACCUGUAGCGCAUCCUAAGAAAAAAAUUAAGACGAGGAAAGAGAGGCCCUUUAACACGAGAGGAAAGAAUAAUGCGAAGAAAACCUCAUCCGGUGCUGGAAAUUCCAAAAAUAAAAGUGGUCCUGUCAUUACCCCUCCGAAAACCAAAGUUCGUCGCCCACUUCGUGAAUACUUUGGAGAACAUGAUGAAUGCUAUAUUAUGGAUGCUAAAACUACAGGAAACAUUGGACGAUAUUUCAACCACUCUUGUGAACCAAAUAUUUUCGUACAAAAUGUAUUCGUGGAUACACAUGAUCUCCGAUUUCCUUGGAUUACGUUUUUUGCCAGUAAGCACAUCCGUGCCGGAUCAGAAUUAACUUGGGACUAUGCAUAUGAAGUUGGAAGUAUACCCGAUAAAGUACUUCUUUGCCAAUGUGGGUCGCCAGAGUGUCGUGGAAGACUUUUGUAAUUUUACGUUGUUUUUUAUUUCGCUAAUGUUUUGUAUCUUAAAUGACAUUCGAAACACGUCCAUUUAAUCCAUCUGAAAUAUUAUUUCUAUGUUUAAAUUGUUCAUAAUUUAUUACAAAUUGUCGAAUUUUAUGUAAUUUGGACGAUUACUUUAUUGCAAAAAUUAAUCUAACGACAUUGAACGAAUUGCGUCACAAUUCGUGAACUGACUUAUAUAUUAACUAUAAAUACCCCUCAUUAAGUAAUUUUUGCAAUAAAAAUUAUACAAAUGUGACCUGAAUAAAAAAUCUAUAUUUAGACAAUAAUUACCUAAGGUGACCUACA